AUUCAUACAACAGCAUUCAGUCUUUGACAAGUUUUCUUUCUUUCUUGUGUGCUACUCUGAUAACAGACAGGCAAACGUAAGCUAGACAUCAAAGAUAAUUCAAAGAAACCAAGCCAAAAUGCCUUCUCAAAAGCAGGCCAAGCUCCCUGUUAUAGAUUUUUCUGGUAACAACUUGAAGAGUUAUUGGGCAUCGACAUGUCACAAAGUCCGGCAGGCUCUUGAGGAAUAUGGCUGUUUUGUAGCAUUAUAUGAAAAGGUCUCCUCGGAUCUUGACAAUGAUGUUUUUGAUUCGUUAGUGGAGUUGUUCGAUCUUCCUUUGCAAAGCAAACUCAAAAACGUAUCUGAGAAACCUUACCAUGGCUAUUUUGGUCAAAACCCAUGGAUGCCACUCAAUGAAAGCAUGGGAAUUGAGGAUGCACAAGUUCACAGAAGAACUCAAAGCUUCACAAACCUAAUGUGGCCUUCUGGAAACCAAAACUUCUGUAAAAGCAUACACUCUUACUCAAAGAUGGUAUCUGAAUUGGAUUGUUUGGUGGAGAGCAUGGUGUUUGAAAGCUAUGGCGUCAAGAAGUACUUUGAUUCUCACAUCAAAUCCACAAAAAAUCUUCUUCGACUCAUCAAAUAUAACGAACCCAAGAAGGGCGGAGUCAAUAAUAUUGGAGCCAUGUCUCAUACCGACAAGAGCUUCAUAACCAUACUGCACCAAAAUGAUGUCAAAGGUCUGGAGAUCGAGACAAAGGAUGGCAGGUGGAUCGAUUUCGAGCCUUUCCCUUCCUCCUUUGUAGUCAUGGCCGGAGAGGCAUCGACGGCAUGGAGCAAUGGAAGGAUAUAUUCUCCCUUUCACAGGGUGAUAAUGAAGGAAGGCAAAGACAGAUAUUCACUUGGAAUGUUCUCAUUCAACAGGGGGACGAUUCAAACACCAAAAGAGUUAGUGGACGAGGAACACCCACUCCAGUUCAAGCCAUUUGAUCAUCUCUCAUUUCUUCGUUUCUACAGCACCGAUGAAGGCCAAAAACAUCACUGUACUAUCAAGGCUUAUUGUGGUCUUUCCUUCUGAUGACCAUAUAUACAUUAUACAUAUAUAUAUAUAUAUAUAUUUACAUAAGUUCAUGUGAUCUGGGCUGUCUCUUUGUUUUUUGGCUAGGUUGUGUGUUCUUUUAUUAUUAUUAUUAAGAGAAUUAAUGUACUGGAAGAUCGAACUUGAAAAAACCUAGGUAAAGGGACUCGAUUUAAUUAGUUAGAAAAGUGAUCAUCAUAUAUAUUUUAUGUAUUGUAGUCCUUUUUUUCUGGAUUGUUGUCCGCAUGGAGCUCAUGUAUAUCCCUUUUUUUGUGGUCAACGCGCGGGGUGUUUUGACAAAUACUAUCAGCUGAUUUCUACUCAAAUCAUAUUGUAUUCAUGAAGACAUGAUGAUCAUUUGGAACACUACUACUGGACGAUCACUCCCAAAAGCUUAAGCAAUAUAUAUUAAGUUUAAUCAUUUGUUUAAUAA